GGUCUACCUGUAGUUCUAGUUCGCUCAUCGUAUGCAAGUACUGUGUCAAUAACCUGCAAGUUAGUAUCCUGUGUGAGCAAGUUUAAAAGAUGUCUAAGUCAAGAGACCGUGCUGCUGACCAGUUAAAUGACUUCAAGAAAUCGCAACAGAAUGCUCCUUCAAUGACAACAGGCACUGGGGCUCCAGUUGGAGAUAAACUGGCCUCACUGACUGUAGGACCACGGGGGCCUCUGCUGCUGCAGGAUUUUGUCUUUACAGAUGAAAUGGCUCACUUCAAUCGGGAAAGGAUUCCAGAGCGUGUGGUUCAUGCUAAAGGAUCAGGAGCUUUCGGCUACCUUGAGAUCACUCAUGAUAUCACAAAGUACUGCAAAGCCAAGCCAUUUGAAUAUGUGGGCAAAAAGACUCCCCUUGCUGUUCGCUUUUCAACUGUUGGUGGGGAGCGUGGCUCAGCUGACACAGCUCGGGACCCCAGGGGAUUUGCUAUCAAAAUGUACACAGAGGACGGUAACUGGGACUUGGUGGGAAACAACACGCCUAUCUUCUUUAUUCGAGACCCUAUGCUGUUUCCCAGCUUUAUCCAUACUCAGAAGAGAAAUCCAGUAACUAACCUGAAGGAUCCUGAUAUGUUCUGGGACUUCAUCACGUUACGACCAGAAACCAGCCACCAGGUGUCCUUCCUCUUCUCGGAUCGCGGAACGCCUGACGGCUUCAGACAUAUGAACGGCUAUGGCAGUCACACAUUUAAACUGGUCAACCAAGAUGGACAGCCUGUCUACUGUAAAUUCCACUUCAAGACUGAUCAAGGCAUUAAGUGUUUGAUGGGACCUGAGGCAGCGGCUAUGGAGGGGAAUGAACCAGACUAUGCCACGCGAGACCUGUAUAACGCCAUCAGCACGGGUAACUUCCCCUCCUGGAGCCUGUACAUACAGGUCAUGACGUAUGAGGAGGCCGAGAGGUUCCGCUGGAACCCAUUUGACCUGACCAAGGUGUGGCCCCAGGGUGAGUAUCCACUGAUACCUGUUGGAAGGAUGGUGCUUAACCGGAAUCCAAAGAAUUACUUUUCUGAGGUGGAACAGAUCGCCUUCUCCCCUGCCCACAUGAUUCCAGGCAUCGAGCCCAGCCCUGACAAGAUGCUACAGGGCCGGCUGUUCUCGUACUCUGACACUCACAGACACAGGCUCGGCAGCAAUUAUUUACAGAUUCCUGUGAACUGCCCCUUUAAUACCAAAGUGAGAAACUACCAGAGGGAUGGGCCUCAGUGUGUGGAUGAUAACCAGACUGGCGCCCCUAACUAUUAUCCGAACAGUUUCAGCGGUCCCCUGGACGAGACCAGACACUGCGAGAGCCAGUUUACAAUUACUGGAAAUGUGUGUCGAUAUAACACCAAGGAUGAGGACAACUUCAGCCAAGUGGGAAUCUUCUGGAGGAAGGUGUUGAAGCCAGCUGAGAGGAGGAGACUGGUGGAGAACAUGGCAGGCCACUUGAGGAAUGCUCAACCCUUUCUACAGAAGAGAGCUGUCAACAACUUCAGCCAGGCUGACCAGGAAUAUGGACGCAUGCUACAAGAAGAGUUGGACAAGUACAACCAAUCAACGUCUGGCCUGGCAUCUCAGCUGUGAGGAAUUUGGCAGUGUCACUGAACACUUGCAAGCUUACUUGGCAGAACAUGUGGUGUUUUGUGUUCCUUUACCUUGUUGAAGAUUCUUUUAUGGUUAGAGCAAGUGAAGGAAGUAAAUGAAUACAAAAAUGUUGUCUAAUAUUCAGAUGAAUUUAUGUUUAUAUUUUUAACUGAUUAAAAUGUCAGCAUAUCUUAA